GGGCCCCCGCCGGAGGGAAACCGCGCGCUUCUGACGUCAUCACUCAGCGCCGCUGUCUCCACCUCCUUCCACUUCGACCGAGAAGUUGUUGGCGCGAGUGGAUUCCCAUCCCCGGUAACGGAUUCCCCAGCCCGCCGGCCUGCGCGCCCGCGCUUUAAUCCUUGGGCUGCGAUGGAUAUUCGGAAAUUCUUUGGGGUUAUACCAAGUGGAAAGAAACCUGCGAGUGAGACAGUAAAGAAGAAUGAGAAAACAAAGUCUGCCGAAGAAACUUUAAAAGCAAAGAAAGGAAUAAAGGAAAUCAAGGUAAAUAGCUCUUGUAAAGAGGAUGACUUUAAACAGAAGCAAUCAAACAAGAAAAGGAGGAUCAUCUAUGAAUCAGACUCAGAACCAGAGGAGACAGUGCAGGAAAAAAAUGCCAAAAAGCAACCAGAAAAAUUACCAUUGUCUCCCAAACCUGGCAAAAUUCUACGACAGCACCCUGUCACCUACAUUUCAGAAACAGAUGAAGAAGAUGACUUUACGUCUAAGAAGGCAGCCUCUAAAUCAAAAGAGAACGGACGAUCUACAAAUAGUUACCUGGGAGCAUCAACCGUGAAGAAGAAUGAAGAAAACACUAAGACCAAGAGUAAGCCUUUAUCACCAAUAAAACUUAGCCCCACCUCAGUGCUUGAUUAUUUUGGAACUGCAAGUGUCCGAAGAUCAGACAAGAAGAUGGUGGCAAGCAAGCGAAAAGAGCCUUCACAAAACACAAAUGAUUCCAGAUUGAAUGAUGAAGCCAUUGCCAAGCAAUUGCAACUUGAUGAAGAUGCAGAGCUGGAGAGACAACUGCACGAAGAUGAAGAGUUUGCCAGAACAUUAGCCAUGUUGGAUGAAGAACCUAAGAAGAAGGCUCUAAAGGACCCAGAAGAGAGAGAAACAUUCUCAUCUGUCCAGGCCAAUUUAAGUAAAGCAGAAAAACAUAAAGAUCCUUAUAAAGGAAAAACAGAACAGUUUCUGAAUGAAAAAAAGAACUACAGUCCUAAGAAGCAAACUAAAUGUAAAAGUUCCAAAGAAUCUCAGCAACAUUCCAAGUCGUCACCUCACAAAAUGGGAGAGACUUCUCCCAAAGCCAGUACCAAGCUGGCGCUUUUGAAAAAGAAGGAAGAGAGUUCUUCUAAAGAAACAGAGCCUGUGGCCACAAAAAGAAAAGAAAGUGCCAUUGAACUGAAAGAAACAAAAAGCCCUAAGAAAAUGAAAAGUUCUCCCACUAAAAAAGAGUCUGUAAGUCCUGAAGAUUCUGAGAAGAGACGCGCUAAUUAUCAAGCAUAUCGAAGUUACUUAAAUCGAGAAGGUCCCAAAGCUCUAGGCUCCAAGGAAAUCCCGAAGGGAGCUGAAAAUUGCUUGGAAGGCCUCACAUUUGUGAUCACAGGAGUGCUGGAGUCCAUCGAGCGAGAUGAAGCCAAGUCUCUGAUUGAACGUUACGGAGGAAAAGUGACCGGAAACGUCAGCAAGAAAACAAACUACCUCGUCAUGGGUCGUGACAGUGGACAGUCCAAGCGGGACAAGGCAGCAGCCUUGGGGACAAAAAUUAUUGAUGAGGAUGGCCUGUUGGAUCUGAUCCGAACCAUGCCAGGCAAGAAGUCCAAAUACGAAAUAGCAGUUGAAGCUGAGAUGAAUAAAGAAAAGUCCAGAUUGCAGAGAACACCCUCAAAAAAUGACCAAGGGAAAAGAAAAAGCAGUCCGACUAAGAAUGAAUCAGAAUCCAAAAGGUGCAGACUGACCCCCAGAAAGGACGGCUGUGUGAAGUCAGUGAGAAAGGAAGCGGGUGUGUCUCCGAGAGGCCUGGGCUUCAAGGAGCAGGUGGCCGAGCAGACGAGUGGUGAUGGCCGCGCUGGGCAAGCGGCUGAUGGCAGCGGGGAAGACAAAGUGGCCUCCUUGCUCUGGGUGGAUAAGUACAAGCCAGCCUCGCUCAAGGCCGUCAUCGGACAGCAGGGUGACCAGAGCUGCGCCAACAAACUCCUACGCUGGCUCCAGAACUGGCACAAGAGCCCAUCGGAGGACCAGAGACACGGUGAUGCUACAGCUUCAUCGAAGUUUGGGAAAUUUGCUGGCAAAGACGACGGCUCCAGUUUUAAAGCAGCGCUGCUCUCAGGGCCCCCAGGUGUUGGCAAAACCACCACGGCCUCCCUGGUUUGUCAGGAAUUGGGAUAUAGCUACGUGGAACUGAAUGCAAGUGAUACUCGGAGUAAGAACAGUUUGAAGGAGAUUGUUGCUGAGUCACUGAGCAAUACCAGCAUCAAAGGCUUUUAUUCAAGCGGAGCGGCCCCUUCGGGAAGCACGAGACACGCCCUCAUCAUGGACGAAGUGGACGGCAUGGCGGGCAGUGAGGACCGGGGAGGCAUUCAGGAAUUAAUUGGUCUGAUAAAACAUACAAAAAUUCCCAUUAUUUGCAUGUGCAAUGACAGAAAUCAUCCCAAGAUUCGCUCUUUGGUUCAUCAUUGUUUUGAUCUUCGUUUUCAAAGACCUCGGGUUGAACAAAUUAAGGCUGCUAUGUUGUCUAUUGCGUUUAAAGAGGGUUUGAAGAUUCCCCCUCCAGCUAUGAAUGAAAUAAUUUUGGGAGCCAAUCAAGAUAUCAGACAGGUCUUACACAACCUGAGCAUGUGGUGCGCGCAGAGUAAGGCCCUCACCUACGACCAGGCCAAGGCCGAUUCCCACAGAGCCAAGAAGGAUGUCAAACUGGGCCCAUUCGAUGUUGCCCGGAAAGUGUUCGCAGCUGGAGAGGAGACCGCUCACAUGUCGCUCGUGGACAAGUCAGAUCUCUUUUUCCAUGACUAUUCGAUAGCGCCCCUCUUUGUCCAGGAGAACUACGUACACGUGAAGCCUGUAGCUGCGGGGGGGGACAUGAAGAAGCACCUGAUGCUUUUAAGCCGGGCGGCCGAUAGCAUAUGUGACGGCGACCUGGUGGACCGGCGGAUCCGGAGCCAGCAGAACUGGAGCCUUCUGCCCACACAGGCCAUUUACGCCAGCGUUCUCCCCGGAGAGCUGAUGAGGGGCUCCCUGAGCCAGUUCCCCUCCUUCCCCAGCUGGCUGGGCAAGCACUCGUCCACGGGCAAGCACGACCGCCUCGUCCAGGACCUCGCGCUGCACAUGAGCCUCCGAACUUACUCCAGCAAAAGAACUGUAAAUAUGGAUUAUCUGUCACAUAUAAGGGAUGCACUUGUACGGCCCUUGACCUCACACGGGGUAGAAGGAAUACAGGAUGUUGUUGCUCUUAUGGAUGCAUAUUAUUUGAUGAAAGAAGACUUUGAGAAUAUCAUGGAAAUUAGCAGCUGGGGAGGCAAGCCUAGUCCCUUCUCCAAGCUGGAUUCCAAGGUGAAAGCAGCCUUUACCAGGGCUUAUAAUAAGGAGGUCCACCUGACCCCGUACUCACUUCAGGCAGUGAAGACACCCAGGCACAGCACAGGCCCGGCGCUGGACUCCGAAUACAGCGAAGAGUUACCCGAAGACGACUCGCAGUCUGACGAGAAGGAUCAAGACUCUAUGGAGACUGAUGCUAUGAUCAAGCAGAAAAAGACAAAAGCUUCAAAGCCUUCAAAAUCAGAAAAAGAUGAGUCCAGAAAACGAAAAGGAAGAAGUGCAAAGAAAUGAAACCAUUUUUUACUACUGACAGUCACUUUGUACUCACCCUGUUGACCAGUCUGGCUGGUCUAGAGGAUGCCUUGUUUUUCCAAAGGAAAGCGAGUGGGGCAGCCGAGUGGGGUCCCAUUAUAAGUAAAUGGUGGCACUGCUAGCAGGAUAUAACCAGUAGGUGAAUGUACGCCUCUCAUAGAGGUUGGUCGGACUGCCCGGGUCCUCCGUUGGCCCCGUCAGCCUAACUCGAUUGUGCUGCGAUGUGCCCAAGAACAGCGGUACUAAGGCGACUUUUGUAAGCUUAACAGUGUAUCCUAACAGCCUUUAUAGGCCCAAUGCUGAUUUUUUUAAAGCUAGUUACUAUUAUGUGGUGAGAUUUUGUAAAUAAACCAUAAUACAAAACAAUCACCACCUAGAACUGGGUAUUCUUUGCACAUUGCCAGAUAUCUUGCAAAAUAUAAAUUAGGAAUAAAAAUGUUUCAUAUGAUACAUGUACAAAUUCUUAAGAUUGUCAUCUUAAAGUAAAAUACUAUAGUAAAAUACUAUACUGGUACAGUAAAAUACUAUAUUGGUACAUGGCUUUCCUUAUUAAUUUGCAAAUGAUUGGACAGAAAAAGUUAAUUUUAUGACUAACCGGUAGUGGGAAACGUAACUUAGGCAGUGGAAGAGUCAGAACUCUGGAUGUCCAGCUGCAUCACGGCUGUGAGUGCUGACCCCGUCCCUGCUGUGGAGGGCAUUUCACGGUGAGGCCUCUUCGCUGUCACUGGAGGGCGUGGGCGGCUGCGAAACCGUGGCCAGUCAUUCUCAUCUUUCCAGCGUCUCAGCCCAUCAGGCUCAAGCCAGGGGGCGUGCACUCACUGGGUCAGACACUUAGUCUCUCUCUGGCUGUGGGCAAGGUGAAUGCUGGCUCUUGUUUACUCUGUCCCGAGAAGUCUGGUUCUGUCCUGGGAUGGGUUCCACAGACCCUGUUGGAACUUUAGAUUUUAACUGCACCUGCGGAGCGGCCCUGGGGCUGUGGAACUAGUAUGGAAUUCAGGUGUCUAGCUGUUUUUUAAUCUUGUUGGUAAAUGCUCUCAGAGGAAUGUGCUAAAAUGAACUUGAAAUCAGGAUAAUAAUUCCUGCCUCUAAGGAACCGAGAGUCUUGUUUGGAAGGUGAGACAUGCACUUAGAGUGUCUUUAUCAUGUGAAAAAUGUCUCUCAUGUAGAUUAAGUUCAUUAUGGGAACAGACCGUUGCCUUCAGCCUUUGGUCUCCAAGCCACUCUCCCUCCGUGUUAAAGCCUGGCCUGGAACUCCCGCCCCAGUGAAUGACGAUGGCCCCCGCUGACGGCUGCCUCCCCUCGCCAGUGGGAUGAGCAUGAGUUUCUUGCACACUUUCUCCUGUUGCCACUGCUUUCAGAUAUACUUGGCUAUGCGUUCCCCAGGAAAGGGGCUGUAAUGUCCUUGCAGUCAGAACAAGAGUCUCCUUCACAUGUUACGUUUUUAAUUAUAAGUGCUCUACACAUGAUUGGCAUAAUUUGUGUAUAAGAUAAAUAACUUUUAGAGUUAGACUGUAAAUAUGCUCUUGAAAAGACGACAGAAUGGGUCUGAGUCCUCUUGGAAGCCCCUGUGGCCACGAGGGGUGUGACUGAGGUGAGUGCUGGGUAGCAGUUGGUGGGUGCACGCAAGUCUGGACGUGAGUCUGAGGGGUCUGUAUUGGGACUGUGUAUUUGUUGGGCCAACCAGUAAAUCCUUGUUGGAGCCAC